UGCAAAGAAAUUUGAAAAACGUAUGACUAGAUAUCGACAGAUAAGAGACCGAUAAACUGAAGAGAGAGACAGAUUGAAAAAAAUAUGACAUUGAAAAUUGCUUUCAAAUCAUAAACAUUACUGAAAAAUGGCAUUAAUUUUAUUCACUAAGACUAUUAGAACCACCAGGAUUACUCCCAAAUUGUCCAUGCAAACUGCUUUUAUGCACUACCGCGAUUUGAUAGGUAAAAGAGAGAUUGUUGGAUUUGGAUUCAAUGGACAACCAAGCUACAUCGAUAGAUCAGAAUUCCCCUUUCCAGCUAUUAGAUGGAGAGAACCUUCUAAAGAAAUCGAAGAACUUCGUAAGAAAGAAAAAGGCGAUUGGCGCAAAAUGAACAUUUGCGAAAAGAAGACUCUAUACAGAGCAUCGUUUUGCCAAACUUAUGCUGAAUUUUUGAGUCCGACCGGUGAAUGGAAGUCUGUCAUCGGUGCAGCAUGUUUUUUCCUUUCAUUUGCAAUUUGGUUCUUUUAUUGGCAAAAGGCGGUCGUGUUUCCACCGCUUCCUAAAACUUUUAAACAAAGAUAUAGAAGAGCGCAAUUCAGACGUAUGUUGGACAUUCGGGCCAAUCCUAUACGAGGUCUUGCAGCCAACUGGGACUACGAAAAUGAUAAUUGGAAAAGAUAAGUUUUUCAGAGAGAUAGCUACAUUUAAUUGAUUUUGUUCUUAUUAUUUGUUACAAGAUGAUUUUGAGAGAUUUCUAUGAAUAAAAAUGCAUUAGUACAUUCUA